CUUUCCGACAUUUCCCUGGCAGAAUGGCUCCCAUGAAGAAAGGAGAGAAAAAGAAGGGGCGUUCUGCCAUCAACGAAGUGGUGACCAGAGAAUACACCAUCAACAUCCACAAACGCAUACACGGAGUGGGUUUCAAGAGAAGAGCUCCCCGUGCUCUGAAGGAAAUCCGCAAGUUUGCCAUGAAGGAGAUGGGAACUCCUGAUGUCCGCAUCGAUACGCGUUUGAACAAGGCCGUGUGGACCAAAGGCGUGAGGAACGUGCCAUACCGUAUCCGCGUGCGUCUGUCCAGGAAGCGCAAUGAAGACGAAGAUUCUCCCAACAAACUGUACACCCUCGUCACAUACGUUCCUGUCACAACAUACAAAGGUCUGCAGACAGUCAAUGUUGAUGAGAAUUAAAAUGUUCUUUACUACUAGUAAAAUAAAUUUUUGAUGGAACAUUUG